AUGGGGUUGAGGAUCCCUCAGGUUCCCCAGAGAUUUGACCCCAGUAAUCCUGUAUUUGCACGCCAAAGAUUUUCUGCUCCGUUUCCUGUCCAGACACCAGCCAGGAGUGACAUUGGAAAGCCUUCUCAAGAUCUUUUGGGUGUUCAGACAAAAGCAUUGGUGACUGAAAAUGAGCUUGUCUAUACGUUCUCCAUCAUCUACACCCCAAAACAGGCUUCAUAUGGUGGUCCUAUUGUCAGAAACAGUGGUGCAGUAGUUGGUAUUGAGUGUCAUUAUCCAAGAGCGCAUAAUGUGAGUAGCGAUGCUUUAAUGCCCACUUGGAUCCCAUAUGCCACUACUCUAGUUGCAGAAGAAUUUUUGGUCUUCUCCCUCAGGCUCAUGACUGAUGACUGGAGAUUUGAGCGACCUGCUAACCAGUACUAUUUGGGAGAUUUCAUUAAUAUUGAAGCUUCAGUGAGGCCAAAUAACCAUGUUCCUCUUUGUGUUUUUGUGGACCGCUGUGUGGCUACUUCAGUCCCUGAUACAAGUGCUAUCCCCAGAUACUCAUUUAUUGAGAACAAUGGGUGCCUAGUUGAUGCCAAGCUCACAGGCUCCAGAUCUCGAUUCAUGCCCCGGACACAAUUUGACAAGCUUCAGUUUCAGAUGGAGGCAUUCAAAUUCCAAAAAGAGAUUAGUGGAUUUGUCUAUAUCACUUGUGUUCUCAAGGUGGCUGCAGCAUCCACCCCUACUAAUGUUGAGCAGAAAGCUUGCUCCUUCUCUGCUAAUCGGUGGGUGUCUGCCGAUGAGGAUGAUCAGGUGUGUGGCUGCUGUGACGCAACCUGUGGCAUUAGGAGUGGAAGUGAUCCGCUUCUUGAAGAUCUGCGAUGGAACCAAGCAUUUGUUGGACCCAUCAGAGUCAAGGACAGUUUUGGUCCAGUGUAAUUUCACUGCACAAUGGCAAAAUAAAUCCUAUUUAUCAUACUGUGAGUUUAUCUGCAACUUUAGUCUGUGGUGGGCAAGUUUCAGGGCUAAUGACUUGAGUUGCUUUUAGGUGCUCAGAAGCAUGUGAUGUGAGCAGUCUUUAACCCCCAUAGUGUAGUGCAGGGAUCUCCAACCCUGCUCCUGGAGAGCUACCAUCCUGCAGACUACGGUUCAACAAACCUGCCUAUAAGCCCUGGUUAGCUGCUUCUGGUGUUUCAUUGGGGUUGGAGCUGGAACCUGCAAGAUGAAAUAUCUCUCUGGGAGCAGGGUUGGAGACCCCUGGUGUAGACUCCUCUAGAUCAGAGGCAUUUAAAUUAAGCCUCAAUGAGGUCCAGUCACUAACUUUCCAGCCCAGAUCUGAACAACUUUAAGC